AUGGCCGCGUCAAAGCGUCAUCGCCAUCAGAAUCACAAACUCUACAACGUUGCCGAAGCUGAAAGUUUGGUCAUCAAGGUGCUUUCGGCGUCACCUGCUGCACAGUGCAGACAGAGCCAUCUGAGAAAGUGGUCAGAUAGAAGUAGCGACGGCGUGUCUUCUGCAUGCAUUGCCGGAGUAAAGACUAAAGCCUCUUUAUUUCAGAUCUGGUGCAAGCACCCACUGAGUACUGAGUCUUGUUCGAGCCUGCUGACGGAACAAUAUAUACUAACACUAACACUCACACCUCUGCAAACGUUUGCGUUAUCGCGUGCUACGACUAAGUCCUCCAUGACGACACUGCUAUCCCCCCUGGCUGAUGUUACAUCUAGAAGCGCAACCGCUGACGCUGCGCAGCUUCGCGCCGAGAUCGACGACGACCUUGCUGCAAUCACUGAGUCUAUGCGCAUCCUUCGCUUUCGCAGGAACGGUCUAGCUCCCAUCUCUGGCCUUCCAAACGAGAUUCUCACAGUUAUCUUCGAAUACUUGGAAGAAGAAGAGCGUCUCGAUGGAUAUGAUAGCCGGGAUAUCCCUGCUUGCGUAGCAGUUACACACGUCUGUAGACACUGGCGCAAUGUGGCUAUCGAGUGCCCAACUCUUUGGCGAUUCAUCAGCUCUUCCUCUCCUUUUUGGCUAGAUGUCAUGCUUGAGAGGUCGAAGGAAAUUCCUUUGAUUGUCAAAUACUCCAUUCCGAUGCCACUAGAGUAUUGCUUGGAGAAAGUCCUUCCACACCUACCUCGGAUCGAAUACCUCGAAUUUCGCCCAUGGUCAUGUGAUGUCGGUCAGGUUAUGGAUCUGUUAUCAUCUCAGCCUGCACCGAUGCUUAAAACAUUCAAAUUCUGGGCUAGAGAUCCCGUGUUCCUGCCAACGGGACCCAUAUCAGGCCCCAUCUUCCGAGGACAAGUACCCCUACUUCGGGACGUCGAGGUUGACUAUUGUGACCUCAGCUGGUCAUUGUGCACUUUCGGUGGGCUUCGAACUCUACGUGUGCAAGGAGCCCCCUUGCCGGACCUCCUUUCGGCUCUGCGAUGUAUGCCUGCCUUGGAGCAACUUACGCUUGAAUCAAUAGAAUGCAACGAAACAAUGCUCUUCGAUGAAGUGCCGCUCGCUCGGUUGGAACAUAUAAAAUUAUGCGCCACCUCGUUUCAAACUGCUAUACUUGUCUUCGCACAUCUAGCCCUUCCCGUCGACGUCAAGGUUUCUCUGCGUCUCUUCUCAAUUCAAGGGCCUGAAACCUUCUCCGAUCUGUUUUCGGCUAUAUAUAAGCACCAUGGUGGAUCCGGUCCUGUCUUACGGUCGCUGCGUGCCACCAAUUACAAUAUAAGGUACAUGGGUGUCCAAUUUAGCACGUCGAGGGAGAUGAAGAAUCCUGACGACGAUGACAUACGACUGUCGAUACAAUUCUUCUUUGACCUACCCUUUGUAGUUCAACCAGACAUCGUACUCGAUAUAUGGCAGACCAUCACCCAUCAAACCUUCUUUUCUGGCGAGCUCGAAUUCAUCCAUUUUGAGGAGUUCACAGGCUUCAUUUGGGGCUUAACCGCUGCGCUCCGGAUUGAGGGGUCGAACGUAACGUAUCCCUCGCUCCGUGUUCUGGAGCUUCGAGAUAUGGUGCUCCACAAUGACGAACUUAAAGACCUUCGGGACAUCUUGACAAUGCGAACCAGACAUAAUCUCUGCAUACAAGACCUCCGGCUCACGCUAUGCGACAAUUUUACGGAUGAUCAGGCGCGGCUUUUUGGGGAAGUGGUUGCGAACAUUGAUUGUGAUAGAUAUACUCUUACUGGUGGUUUGAAAUCGAGAAAGAGACUACCCUGGUUGCUUCACUAUGUAGAUUGA